CUGUGAUUGUUUCUUGCUUUUCCCUGCGGUGUACAGAGUAUAUGAUCGUCAAUUAAUUACCUCUACAACCUCGACAGAGUAUACCUAAACAAAGCAACAUGCAAUUAAAAUUCCCCCAACACCUCCCCCCCGGAAAAGCUCACCCGGGCAUUCUUCACCAAUACACCCCCCACCUCGUCGCAUUCGAAUACACGCACGUCGACCGCCCCAAACCCCACACUUUGGUCUUCAUCGGCGGCCUCUCCGACGGCCUCAACACCGUCGAGUACCUCGCCGACAUCGUCUCCGCCCUGCGCGACUCCCCCUGGUCCGUGUUCAACGUCGUGCUCUCGUCCUCGUACACAGGAUGGGGUCUGGGCCGCCUGGGCCAGGAUAUCGACGAGAUCGCGAAAUGCGUGGACUACGUGCGGAGCUAUAAGGGGGGUGUUUAUCCCGCGGGCUCAGAGGCUGGGUCUGGGAACACAGGCAGCGGCAAGGUCGUGAUCAUGGGCCACUCGACAGGGAGCCAGGACGUGAUGAGUUACCUGUCGCAGGGGAAUCCGCGGCCGAGGCAUGAGGUGUUGGAUGGCGAGGGGGAUGGCGAGUACGAGAGGGUGUGUAGAGGCGCGGUGGACGGGGCGAUCAUGCAGGCGCCGGUUUCGGAUCGCGAGGCUAUCCUGUCGGUGUUGGAGGAUGGGACGGAGAGGGAUACGCCGGAGACGAUGAGACGCGUGUAUGACGAUGCGGUGCGCGAUGCGAUGCGGAAUACAUACGACUACGGGAAUGGCGAUGGGGCUGCUCCGCUGGGCACGGAUACGCUUGUCCCGCUGCAGGUGACGGCGCGUAUUGGCUACGGCGCGUCCACGGCGGUUAGUAGUCGGCGGUUCCUGAGCCUGGCGAGCCCGCGCAGCCCGGAGGACCCGACGGAGGAUGAUCUGUUCAGUUCGGAUCUGAGUGAUGAGCAGCUGGGGAGGACGUUUGGGACGAUUGGGACGAGAGGUCUCUUGACGGGGAGGCUACUGGUGCUGUAUUCGGGACGGGAUCAGUCGGUGCCGGGGUAUGUGGAUAAAGAGGCGCUGAUGGGACGGUGGGAGAAGGCUGCCGGGGAGAUGUGGGAUUCGGGGAGUAUGGUGAUUCCUGGGGCGUCGCAUGCGUUGAGUGAUGAUGACCAGGCAGAGCCGAGGAGGAUAUUGGUGGAGAGGGUGAUGGGAUAUUUGGAUGGGUUAUAG